AUGUGUCGGCAACACAGAGAUAAUCUCGCGUGGACUAUGGUGAGGAUGGCAGUGUUCGGCAUUACUACGGCGAGCUACGGCGAGAGGGAGGGCACCGUCGAGCAGCUUGCUGUUGGACUUGGGGUCCGUGCCCCACGUGAUGCCGCUGCUGUUGAGUGUGAAGCCGCCAUUGCCAAAAACGAUUACACCAGCCACAAGGAAUCUCACUCGUUUGACCGCUGUGGCCACUUAACCACGGAAACCUUCACUUCCUCAGACACCACAGACAAAUCCACGGAGGUCCUUGGAGUGAAGCUUGACGGGACGACGGAAACGUCACGAAAGGAAGCGACCAUCAACACAGAGCAAACCGAGGGCACAUUCAUCAGUAGCACUAAGAGGACUACAACUGAAGAAGAGAUACAUGUUAAAGAGCACCACAAUAUCUUGUCGGACGACAUUGAGAUACUGCACGAGUCGCGGUUAGAGGUCGAGGAGUUUGAGUACCAGCUGACCCAAGCCGGCUUUGCCGGCCGUGCCUUUCUCACCAAGCCAGCAAUGGCGCUCUACAGUACUUGGCUGAUGGUAAACUCAGCGCGUCGGAGGUGUCAAAGAUUGCUUUGCAGACGCUGGCAGCGUCUGCAGCCAUGGCAAGUGUCAGCAAGAUUGUGGGCUCGCAAAACGCCGUUAUGGCAGUGGUCGUGA